AUGAGUGCCACAUCUGAAAAAAGAUUCGACGAUAUCCCCAAAAGGUUCAUCGACCCACUUGUAUCAAAAGACAAGGAUGAAGGAUCUCGUGUCAAUGGAAAAGACUGGAAGAUCAAAAAAGAUGCCUUCAGAUUGAAGUCUGCCGGUGUCAGAAAGCUCAAUACAUGGAAACUCAGAGAGGAGAAGAAGCUUCAACAAGACCAGUAUAAGCAAAGGCUCAAUGACCUCAAGAAGGAGAAGUCUGACGAGAAGAGCAGAAAGGUGGAAGAGAUCAAGAAGAGAAGAGAAGCCAUCGAGGAGAAGAAACGUUACGAACAAAUUGCAUUGAAGAUGCACGCCAAGAAGGUCGAAAGAUUGAGAAAGAAGGAAAAGAGAAACAAAAUGUUGAAGGAGCGUUAG